CUGUGUGCUUAACGGUGUUAAUAUAGAGAAAAAUAUAAAAAUAUUGAAACUCAACAAAAAGAACAAUAAAUUUUGUGAAUAAAAGAAAAUAAAAAAAUAGCAAGCAAGAUCCAGUAACAACGUCGGGCUUUGAGAGCGUAAUAUGAAAAAAAGUCCAGUUUUAUGUACAUAUACACAUACGCAAGUGUACAUAAUAAUAAACAAAUAAGAAUGUUUUUUAUGAAUGAAUGAUGCCCUCGUUCGUGAUAAUUAAAACAACUGCUUAUAAUUUUACUCGAAUACAUACUUUACCGUUAAAGAUAAGCCCAAAGUAUUAUAUUAUUGAAUGUAUAUUUAACAAAGUAAUAAACGAAAUGAAACAAGGAAAAUAAAUGAUUUCAAGUUAAAAUUAAAGCGUAACAUCUUUUCGAAUCUCGAUUAUUCAACGAGAGCUCGUACGCCGUAAGGAAACUAUUUGGUGUGUGCCCGUAAAAUACCGAGAAUACCGAGCAUUAAGCGCGGGAACCAACUUCAACAUUGAGUUUCGUGAAACUACCGAAGGGAAUUGGUUUGCACUUAACUUAUACGAUAAAGAAAUUUGAUGCGAAUAUAAUGCUAAUUUGAAGAAAUCCAACUAACCAACCAACCAACCAACCAACCAACCAUAAGGGAACACAACAGUAGUGAGAGUAAAGAAAAAUUUAGUACAAUAAGACAAACAAAUCCCAAUCAAUAAUUUGCUGAAACUAUUGUGUUCAUCUGAAAAUUAUUUAGAAAUUAAACCAGAAACGCUACAAAAUUUUACUUCAACUUUGGGAAGCUGGGCCCAUAUACAACUACUAACUAUCUAUCUGCCUUCCUUCAGGUUAAAAGAAAAAGAAACCCCGAAAACAAUUCUACAUAAUAAGUCACAACUCUCAAAAUGGUUGCUAAAGUGAACAAUAGAAACAUAAACUCUAGUAUUACCCGACAAAAUGGAAGCAUUUAUCAGCCUUUAGGCGUAAAAUCAGAGGAUUCGUCUGCGUUAACAUCGAAUAAGACAACACCUCUUAAGAAAACAAUUAAACACGAUUUAUUUCCAGAAGUGAAGUUCUGCAACCUGUCAACUGGAAAUCUGAACGAAAGUCAAACAUCCAGUCGAGUGUUUAAGAGUAGUCUGCCAAUCAUAAAUGGUGCAGAGAGCGUAGCGCUUACGAACGGCAGUGAAGUGAAAAAACGCACACGCUUAAUAUCGAAUGGAUCGGGUGACUCCAUUGAGUCCGGUUCAAGCGAGAAAAAGAAACCAGAAAUACCCGAUGGUGGUUAUGGUUGGAUGGUGGUAUUUGCUUCGCUGGUAGUUUCACUAAUAGCAGAUGGGUUGUCGUUUUCAUUUGGUUUGAUUAACACAGAAUUGCUGGCGUAUUUUGGUGAAUCGCCAUCCAAAACGGCCUGGAUUAGUUCAUUGUUCUUUUCCGUACCACUGUUAAUGGGACCGAUAUGGUCGAACCUGGUCGACAAAUACGGCUGCCGAAAGAUGACAAUUCUCGGCGGCUUGGUAUCAGCAUUCGGUUUCGGUUUGUCGUCCUUAUGCAAUUCGAUAGAAAUGCUGAUGGUUACUUUCGGUAUAAUAUCUGGUCUCGGGCUGGGUAUUGGAUAUGUAACUGCUGUGGUUUCCAUUGCUUUCUGGUUUGACAAGAAGAGAACGUUUGCCACUGGUAUAGGAGCUUCUGGUACGGGUAUUGGUACAUUUUUAUAUGCUCCAUUAACGCAAUGGCUGAUCGAUUCAUAUGGCUGGCGCGGUGCCACGCUAAUAUUGGCCGGCACUAUGUUAAAUACCUGUGUUUGCGGAGCCCUUAUGCGCGACCCUGAUUGGCUAAUUGAAGAAAAUCGUCUUGAAAGCCGUUCUCAGAGUGUAACAACUUUUUCAAAUUCUAGUGUUUGCCUGGAAGAGAUCAAAAAACUAUUAGAUACUGGUGCUACAAAAGAAUACGUUUUGGAUACAUUGGUUACGAAGAACAAUACGGAGGCAAAUCAACAAAUUGAAGAUCCGAACGCAAGCCAUUUGAAAAGAUAUCGCAGUGAAAUAUUUUUCCCUACAUACCUUGGCUCUUUAGAACUGGAAGAUUUAUAUGAGGUGAAAAGUAUGAGUAGGCGUUCGUUAAGACACAAAGAAGGUGCGGAAGCUCCUUCUCGUGAAAAUCUUUUGUCCAUGUCUUCGGCAGGAGCCCCUGUUAAUAUCAUACCGGCGGCUGGUUCCCUGGACGGUACAAUGAUAAGCGAUAUGCCAGGCGAAAUAUGUGGCAGUCUUAAGAAGAACUUUUUAGCAUCUGUUGAAACGCUCUCGCCCUCCGAGAAACGUUCUAGCGGUCAUCAAACACCCAUGCGAACUUCUCUCGGUUCGUUGCGGUCCUCUGAUGAAGGCUAUCUCACUCAAAAAUAUUCACGUGAUCACAAUCAAGCUGAGAAUUUUGCAAGUUCGCGUUAUUCCCUCAAUGAAAAUGUGUUCUUUGCCGCCAGAAAAGUAACACCCUCCCUAAACGAUCUCAAAGUUAACGGUUUGCGGCAUAACUCUGUCGAUAUACUUAAUCCCGAAGUGCAUUCAUAUUAUAAGUCAAUUAAAGACGAAAGUUACGCCUUAAUCGAAUCUGAUUUAAAUAAAUAUAACGAAGCAAUUGCUAUUCCACGUAGAAAGGGUGGACCAGCUAUUAUAAAUAUGCCCGAAAAUGAUGUGAAAAGUUCGAAAGAUAUUCGGACGUCGGCGAAGCGUUUACACGACAGCAUAACCGGUAUACGUAGACUUUCGAAAUCAAAAAAACCCACCUAUCGUUCUAACUUAAGGCACAAUAUUUCGAUAAGAAAUUCAAACUUUUUGAAAGAUAUGCGUAUACAUCGCAAUUCAAUACAUUAUCGCGGUGCCAUGUUAAAUACACAUCGGUAUCGCUUACGCGCCUCAUCUUGUCCCAACAUAUAUCGUAAUUCAAUGACGACCAUUGCCAAAGAAGAUGAAGAUACAUGGUACGAUAAUCUUUUUGAUACUAUAAAGUCGGUCUUUGAUUUUUCCUUAUUCGCUGAUAUUAAAUUCACGCUAUUUAAUCUUUCAACGUUAUCUCUUUUCAUUUGGUUCAUUAUACCUUAUCUAUAUCUACCGGAAUACAUGAAAAAGUAUGGCUACGAGACAGCUGAUAGCGCUCAAAUGCUUUCUGCUGUUGGAGUCGCACAAACUAUUGGUAUGAUCGGUUUGGGUUAUGUUGGAGAUCGUCCAUGGAUGAAUGUCAAUAUUUGCUAUUCGGGCUGUAUGUUAUUAUGCGGACUUUCUGUACUGCUAAUGCCAAUUUUGGUUAACCAUUACAGCGGUUUGCUUGCGUUAUGCAUAUUAUUCGGUUUCACAUUUGCCAGUUCAUUUUCAUUUACACCCAGUAUAUUAGUUAGUAUUGUGGAUUUGGAUGAUUUUACAUGCGCUUAUGGUUUAGUGUUAUUAGUGCAGGGUAUCGGAAUGAUUGCUGGACCACCUAUAGCCGGUGCUAUAUACGAGUACACUUUAAGGUGGGAUAAUGCUUUCUACUUUGCUGGCAUUUUUAUUGCUCUCUCAGGCGUAUUCUCAUAUCUGAUUGAGUUCUGUGAAAAACGUAAAGAAAAUGACAGUGACGUGUCUGACUUGAAAAAAGCGCAUCUUUUACAUUAAACAAUAAUGCAAAGCAAAAAGAAAUUAAUAGAUAUUAUUAUUGUAUGUUGCUUAUGAAAAUUUAAGUAAAGAAGAAACGAACUGAGAGAUACCCAGGUACCCAGUAGUUAACAAACCAAAGAAUUCAUUAUUUAUUUAAAUUUAAAAAAUAUUUUACUAAAAUUGAUAUGAACAAUGAAAGAAGCGAAAAUAAGCUUACAAUUGCAUAUGAAAGGAUGGACACCGAUGUCCUUAUACACUAGAAGUUGAAUUUUAUAAUCACUCUCAUUAAUCACUAGAUAAUAUUCUCCCAAUUUUCGUUUUCCUGAUUAGCCGGCGAAGGAAAUCGUUCAGGUAACAAAAUUUCUCUAAAAUCAAUCCUUUACUUUAAAUGUCAGCUGUAAGGUUAAGAUAUUAUCACAUCACAGCUGUAGUCAAAGCUAAUAUCACAUCUAUAAGUUUUCCGUAUAAAUAUUUCUUUUUCUUUAUUUUUCUACAAUGGUACGUACGUAAGACCUGUAUUACUUUGUUCUAAAUAUCUUUCGGUAAUUUCUACUUUAACCCGAUCAAGUUAUUAUUUUCGAAGCGUAGGCAUCUUUUUGGUGAAUAUAAUAUUAACAUCUACUCUAUAUAAUCAAGUAAAACGUGAACAUUUCUGUCAAAUAAAAGUCUUAAGCGGCUUAAGAAGAUUCAUUUUGGAAAUUGCAAGGAAAAAAAUUAUCUUUUUCUUCUAAUACAGAAAACUCUUGAUUAUACCCAUUUAUCUCACAUUACGAAUAUACGAGAAUUGUAUUUAGAGCGAAUCCUUAUCGAUCAAAAUUAAAAAUGAAUAACGGAAUUUGUGGCGGGAAGGAACGCAGUGCAUCACUGCCAAAAAACACAUGAUUAUAAUAAUAGUAAUUUAAAUCGUGAAAUUAGUUAAUUUAUUAAGAAAAUUAAUAGUCGUGCAUGUAUCUAAACAAGAUGAGGGAGUAUAAACCAAAGCAUCAAAUUUAAUAUAAUUAGUAAAAUCGUUUUCUCCAGUAAAAAAGAGUGUUCGUGAAUUCCCGCAAAACGUUCUUGUCCUUGUUCUAAUCGCGAGUUGGAGUUUAACUUGACAACACUAGAAUUUGAUUCUCAAUCAGUUUGUUUCGCGACCUAAUCCAUGAAAAGGGCCAGGUACCAGUUUUUGUUGUGUGAACGAAGACGAUAUGGACGGACGGGCAGAACAUCAACUAACUGAUUAAAAAAAUUUGCGAAAAAUCCUCCCCAAUCAAAGUAAGUUUAAAAGGAAAAAAAAAUUUCUUUGCAAAAAGGUUCAUAAUAUUUAUUUGCAGUUAAAGCAUUAAGUAGCCAAAUAAUAGCGAUGCUACGGUUUGUCUUCGCGAUAGCUGCAGAUUUUUUAUUUGUUGCCCCGACGCUUUGAAGAAUUGUUGUUCGUUUGCAUUUUUUCAGCGUUUCCCGAAAACGGUUUACAUAAACAAACUUAGUAGUGUAGCAGCGCCAAACUGUCUAUGGAGUAUAAUAAAUAUAUCAAUCAUUUGCUUUGAAGACUACUUUAUAUAUUAUUAAUCUGUCGUGAUAGCGUUUGCCGGAAAAUCGUUCGCAAUGAAUAAAGUUCUCUGUUCCCAAUUUCCCUGCAAGAUCUCUACAGGCAUGCAUAAACUGUCUUCUCGGCUUCUUCAGUAAAUCAAUUCUUACCGCUAAAUAAAGCCAUAGGGAACCGUACGAUCGUGGCGUGGUAUAUUUAUUUUGAGGACAUAAAGAUAUUUGUACACAUUUUUCUUUUGGCUUCAUUCUAAAUCAGUGAGCAUUUUUCUAGCUCACUAUCACCCUUGUAAAGAAGACGUGUCUGCUUAGGUAGGCAAAAUCAGGUAACUCUUGUAAGUAGAUAGAAUUACUUUCGUUUUCGCUAAGGUUUACUAAAAACGUUAUAUUAAAUUCGGUGCUUUUGUUGAUAAAACUUAUAUAAAUAUUGCACUUAACGCUAAAAAUAAUAAAAGUUUAUAUUAAAAAAAAA